UUGAGAGUGCGUCCAGCAGGUUACGUGUGUGUGUGUGUGUGUUGUGGUGGUCAGUGGAGGGGCCUGGAUCUUGAUUCCUGCCUGAGCUGUAUUUUGAAAAAAAGGACACAGAGUGAGUGGGUUUGUCGGUGUGGAACAGAGGUUGUGGCUAGCAGAAGUCCACUUUUCCUGUCCAUUCAAGGGCAUUGCUGGGGGGCCGAAGAUCAGCUUUGCACUGAGGCCUGUCGGCAAAGCAGACGGCCUCAUGGACCCUCGAAGACGUGCAGGGCUUCACCACAGGGGAUGUAUAAGCUGACAAGAUCAUGUUGCUGUGACUCAGGCCGUGAAGGCUGGGAGCCACAGAAUCAUGACUGGAACCUGCCUACCUCCUGUCCACACUUGCCAAAUAUAUACCCUCCUAAAGUAAAUAUAAUCCUGUCCGCAUCCACGUGGAAAAGGCCACUACCUGCUCGGAAGCAGAGUCUUCCAGUUGUACACUCGGUUAGCAGCUUGGCUCCCUAGAGACUGAUUUGGUCUGAGCUCUGCUGAACUUGUCCCAGGUCUGAGCUCACACAGCCAUGGGGGACUGGAACCUUCUGGGAAAGCUUUUAGAAAAAGCCCAGGAACACUCGACUGUGGUGGGGAAAGUGUGGCUCACUGUCCUGUUCAUCUUCCGCAUCCUGAUCCUGAGUGCUGCGACAGAGAAGGUGUGGGGCGACGAGCAGUCAGGCUUCACCUGCGACACCAAGCAGCCCGGUUGUGAGAACGUGUGCUAUGACAUCACUUUCCCCAUCUCCCACGUUCGCUUUUGGGUGCUGCAGAUCAUCUUUGUGUCCACACCUACGCUGAUCUACCUGGGACACAUCCUCCAUCUGGUGCGGAUGGAGGACAAGCAUAAAGAGAGAGAACAGGGACAUCAUUCAGACAAACAGGCCCUUAUUGUGGAUGCUAAGCACAAAAAGGCUCUGGUGAGGGACAAUAAGGGCCGGGUGCGCCUACAGGGGGAGCUCUUGCGGACUUAUGUCUUAAAUGUGGUCUUUAAAACCCUGUUUGAGGUGGGCUUCAUAGUGGCUCAAUACCUCUUGUACGGCUUUGAGCUGAAGCCCAUGUACACAUGUGACAGACCGCCCUGCCCCAAUGUGGUAAACUGCUACAUAUCCCGUCCCACAGAAAAAACUAUCUUCAUCAUCUUCAUGCUGGGAGUGGCCAGCGUGUCUCUGCUCCUCAACCUCAUAGAGGUCUACCACCUGGGCUUCACUAAGUGCCGCCAGGGCAUCACCUUCAGGAGAACUCAAAUGUCCCCUGAGGGCAUCCCCAAGGAGCCCAGCGAGACGUCUGUGCCGUUUGUGCCGAGUUACGACGACUACUUCCACGGGCACCAACAAGUCCAGCCGCCCUACCCGCCCGUCCCCAGCUACAACCUCUCCCCUCUGUCCGAUGGCACAGACUCGUCCUUCCACCCCUACCACAGCAAGGCGGCGUACAAACAGAAUAAGGACAACUUGGCUGUUGAAAGGAGCAGCAGCAAGCCAGAGGAAUGUGACCUGAAAGGAAAGAAGGGAGCAGGAUCAGCCCCUGGGUCACCUACGCAGGCCAGACCAGGCCGCAGUGCCAAACACAGCAACAACAAGACUAGAAUAGACGAUCUGAAGAUAUGAAGAGGUUUAUGUUUCUCUGAGGGGUCUUAAAUUGCUGUGAGGGGAUCAGAUGUUGUUUAGUAGCAUUCAUACAUGCUGAACUGACCCCCCCCCCCCUUAAAAUGACACAGGUUCGACUCAUUCCAACUAAAGGGAGGGACAUUUAUAGGGCACACAGAGAAGCUGCAGUUGUACAGUAAUGUGUAAAGAUUAAUGUGGUUGAAAAAUCACAUUUGUAAUGAACUUAAACCUCUUCAAGGUGUCCCAUAGCUGGGAAUUUCUUUUUCUUUUGAAACACUGAAAUUGGAUUUCACAUUAGACUGUAUGGUAAACCAUCUGUGGCAAUGCCAUAUUUUCCAAUUUUCAAUGUUGAUUAGUAUUGGUUUGUUUUUAUUAAUUGAUUUGUGUAUGGUAGGAAUCUUCACUAUUCACUAUUGUCACUGAGAAUCUAACAAAAUCAUCAGAAAGUACUGACUGCUCAGGUUUUACAUUCAACAUAUCUUUUUUUUUUUUUUUUUCAAUGUGUGAUGAAUGUGAAUGAACCCAAAAAUGCAACAAUAUGUAUAAAGUUGCCCAAACCUUGGGAACAGAAUCCAGGGCAGAAACUUGUUGAGCACCAGCCUGACCUCAUUUGAGGAAAUCAGAUAGGGCAAAUAGUUAAAUUUAACUUCCUUUAAGUGUUUUGAGGUCACCAUGUAGCAUAGUUCACUUGCUUAGACUUGAAGUGAAAAGUUGUGCAAUACCUGACAACACAUUGGACACUGGAAAUAUUGUACGUAAUUCCAGGACGCGCCUCAAAAGAAACUGCACUGGUCUCAGGAGUUCCCACAUUUGUACUCUCUCUUUUUAUUGCGACAGCCAGCAAGUAGAUAAUUAUAAGCACAUUGUUUUGUUUAUCCUUGUUUAUAUCUGUGUUUGUGUCAUUUGUUUUCUGUAAAGCACUUGGUGACAACCAUAUUUGUACAACUGCUUGAAAUAAAUCUGUCUUAAAUUUGCAAA